AUGUCUCGUUUCCAAGGCCGUGACGGCCCAGACGGCUCGACGGUGUUGGAGCACGCCGCUGACGAUACCUACACUGCACUUGACAACGACGCUGAACAUAUGGAUGAAGAUGCUGCCUGGCUCAGAGAACAGAGAGCCAACAAUAAAAGUUUGCAUUGGCUCAAACGGCCUUCGGUGGUGAUGUUGGGCGUUUGCAUUUGGCUUGUUGCUGCGGCUCAUACUUGUGGCGAAGGAACUCGCCAGGCAUUGACGUUUAAGUUGGCCUGUAACACUAUAAGUGAAGGUUCAGGGACUUGUGAUUCGACCGAAACACAGUUGUUGGUGUCGAAACUUCAACAGUUCUAUGCUGUGUGCCUGGGGGUGAUCACUAUGUUUGCGCUGGGCAAAGUGGGGCCGCUUCUGGACCAGUAUGGGCGGAAAUUAUUUAUGUUAACUGUGGUGGUGGCCAUGUUCAGUGGUAAAUUGCUGAAGUUUAUUGUCAUGGAGAGUUUUUCCGAGUUGCAGUUUACGCUGAUGGUGCUUACGGAGGUUUUGCAGAACAUUGGCGGCGGUGUUGUGUGUUAUGUGACGUUGGCGUCAUGUUACGUUUCAGAUAUCGCUGAAACUCACCAGAGAACGUACUUUUUGGGGGUGAAUAUGGCUGCUCUUUUCUUGGGUUUUUCUACAGGGCCUUUGUUUGGUAACGCUUUGCUUCGUUUGGGGAAAAACGAGUCUGACGGGUCUGCUAACCCUGCUGAGGCUGCCAAUACCAUCACUCCAGGUGAAUUUCUCCCUUUAAAAGGUGAAUUGUGUCUUUAUGCUCUUUUGAUUGUGCUUUUGGCGUUUGUUUUACCGGAAUCCAGGUCAGAAAAGGCCCGCCAGAAGUCUCGUUCGCUUUCUAGGUCUCUGCUGGCGGACCAGAUGACUGAAGACAUUCUGUUGACUACGAAAAGCUCUAAUUUGCUUAGACACCUUAACUUCUUGCGUCCCAUCAGGCUCAUUUUUUACCCUAAAGAUUCCGUGCCGGCUUCAAGACACCAGUCGAUCAGAGCAUACAGAACUGCAGUUAUCACGCUUGUGUUUGUGGAAUGUAUCUUGGUUUCGUUGGUUAUUCCCCUUGGCGAAAUCUACAUUCUUUAUGGUAUUUGGCGGUUCAAAUGGGGCGCUGCAAAUAUUGGCCAUCUUCUUGCAGCGUCCAGUUCGUCCAGAGCAUUCACGCUUAUUGUUCUUUCGCCAAUUAUCCACCACAAGUUCUUUGAAGGGUUCCUUAAACUCAAAGUCCACCAUAAGUACCUUGACGAUGUUGAUUUUGGCAUGAUUGCGCUGGCGUUUAUCAUUGAGAUUGUUGCCAUGGUGUUGCUUUCUAUGGCCAAUUCUGGCGUGCUUUUCUUGGUGUGUUUGGUGUUUUCGUCUUUGGCGACGUUGGCUGGCCCAGCCAUGAACUCGUCCAUUGUCAAGUUCUACCCAGAACUGCGAAUUGGUGAAGUUUUCGGCGGCAUGGCCCUUAUCAAGAACACUUUAUCCAUUAUCAUGCCUCUUUCGUUAUUGGCGCUUUAUAAGUUUGCGUUGAAAUCAUGGCUGUUCCCACAAGUUGUGUUUUUGUUCAUGGCAGGCUGUUUUUCGUUGUUUUUGAUUGCCGUUUGCUACGUGAAAUGGGUUCUUUAUAAGGAACACAAGUACUUGGCGUUGUCUGGAGGCUCUCUUACACCUACUUCGUCUGCGUCUUCGCUUAUAGGCGUUCCUGUUAAUUCAGACACUGAUUCUGGAGCCAAUAUCCAGCCUCCAGCUCCAGGAACUCCUCCAGCGAGAAAGGAUAGCACGUCAAAGAGACCUCUGUCGCCCAAACCUUCAAGAAACGCCAGCUUUUCUGUUUAA